AUGGCUUCUUCGAAGCGUUCUUGGUCUUUGUCGUUGCUUCCACCGGAGAUAAUACAAGAAAUCUUCUACAAGACUCCGGCUGAAGCUCUCGUCCGAUCAAAGCCGACGUGUAAGAAAUGGUACGAUCUCAUAACCGAAAAAAGAUUCAUCUACCAACACUUGCGUCGCUCUCAAGAACGAUUCAUAAGAAUCUUUGAAACGGUCCAAACCAUGGAUCCAAACGAGUUUCAACCUCCGUAUGAGAUUGAUACUAUGGUUCACUGUGAUGGACUCAUGCUGUGUAAGUUCGUCGACUUGAUGACGUUAAGCUGCGCCAACCUCGCUCUUUGGAAUCCCAUCACAAGGAGAAUCAGAUGGAUCAAGCCCGUGAAGAUCAUCACGAGUGGUGAUUACUACGGGAUUGGAUACAACAGCAGAUGCAAGAAGGAGGCUCGUGACGACGACGGUUACAAGAUCGUGAAGUUUCAUUGUGGUGGCCUGUCGACGUCUGAGUAUGGGCCGUUUGGUUACAGUAAAGUACCACAAGUUGAGAUUUACGAGUUCAAUACGAGUUUAUGGAGAACUAUUGGUGGACAAAAGGUUGAUAGUAGCGUGAAAUUCACGUGCAAAUGUGUGGCUGUGAUGGGUAACAUGUAUUGGGUUGCACUUAGCGAUGAAACACCAGGAGAAGAGUUCAUUCUUGGUUUCGAUUUCUCGGAUGAAACAUUCAAGGAGAUAUGUUUCUGUCCUCCUACUUAUGAUGAUUUUAGCCAUUUAGCUUCUUUCAAUGGAGAUAGCUUGUCAUUGUUACAACAAGACCGAGUAUCAAGAAACAUAGAGGUGUGGGUUUCAAGCAAGUUGGGUGAUGGUGAUGUCUCGUUUAGCAAGUAUUUGAGUUUGUCCGGUCCUGAUCUUCCGGCGUUACAGGUCCAUAAUGAUGCGACUCGUCCUGUAUACUGUUUUGUGAAGACUAAGAGUGUAAUUUUAUGGUGCGUGGGAGUUGAAGGAGAAGGUGAUAAGGUUUGUUGCUUUAGUACUCUGCAUGAGAUUGAUGAGGAUGGGGUGAGAAAUGAAAAGGUGAUAGAACGUGGCUACGUGGAUGACUAUUCUAGCUCCUUCCUUUGUGGAUACGUGUACGUUCCAAGUCUAGUCCCUCUUCCAUGA